CGGUGAUUAGGGCACAUUUACUGUCACACAAAGACAUGGGGACCUUCUCUUUUUGGCUGUCUCUGUCCUGUCUCGUGGCUGCUGGCUAUGGGGAAACCUUGUCGUGUGUGGAUUUGAGAUGGCUACCACCAAAUUUAAAUCAGGUCAAUGGUGUAUGGAACAUGAUUGCAAUGGCAACUGAUUAUACAUUUGAUCUUAUGUCUGAAAUAAAUUAUGGAUACAUUACAGUGUCAGCUACAGAGACCCAACUGAACAUAACAUCUGUCUUCAAUCCGCUGAUCAGUGUAUUUGGGAGUAUAGAGGGAGCAUCAAGAAAAACUGAUGAUAAAGACACUUUGACCUAUGUGAGCCUAGAGAAGGGUAUUCAUGUGGCAACACUAACGCAAGCCAAUCCGGAUAUUCUUAUUAUAACUCAUCAUGUUAAUAAUAGACAAAGAACAUCUAUUUUAUAUGGAAGAGGGAAAUCCCUUCCGGAAUUGGAUGUUACGAAUUUUAGAGCAUGGACAGGCUGCAGAGGUUUAAUAGACAACAAAGUGUUUAAAAACCAUUUGGAUUAUGCUAAAGAGUGCCGCAACAUUUUAACAAUUUCAGACGAUCUACAUAAGAUGAAGGAGAAUGUCAGUUAUCAUAUCAUUGCAAAGUCUUCCAGCUACCCAGACCCUUAUUACCACAAAUCCUUACUGUACCAUGCACAUCUAGUCAUAAACAGGAAUGGAAUGAGCUGUGAAAUCAUAGAGACCAUCACUGAUUUGCUUAACAUCGAUAAGAAGAAACUGAAAUAUCAGAAGGACUGCGAUGUGGUGAGGUUUGAAUCAUUUAAGACUCAGGAAAAUUUCUUGCUCCUUGGUAUUAAGGAGAAAGAUAGAAGGACUCUAUAUCUAGCAUCAAAAACGUCUAAAGAAAAUCCAUCUUUGCUGAAAGAAUUUGAGAAACAGUCCCUAUGUUUUCAAACAGACCAUUUCUAUCUUUUUCCUGAAAGCACAGAGAAAAAGCAAUCAAUUCCCCCUAAAGCUUGUGAGGAAAUGGAGAAAGAGCUGCAUAAUAUUACCUUAAAACAGUCUGUUGGUAAAUGGGGUCUGGUUGUUUCUGCCUUUGAUGAUUUAGACAUUGCUCUACAUAAUAUUAAACUUGAUCAUAGCUGGAUUGAAACCAAACUUGUUGAUGGUCAGCCCCAAAUGAUAUACUUUGAAAUCCGAGAAGGAUCAUUAUCAAAGUCCCUUAUAAAAGGUGCUGAAGAAAAAGAUGGUCACGUGGAAAUUAAAGAUAAUGUUCGCCAGCAUGUAAGCACCAUGCAUUUCUUUGGCUCAAACUGCAUCUUUUUCAGUGCUCAGGACACCAAGAGCACACAAAAUGCACUUUACUGCCGCACAGAUCCAGUUUCCAAUUUAGAUAUCCAGAAGUUUUCCACGUAUGCUUAUUGCCGCAAAACUUUCAUCAACGUACGCAAGCACUCAGCACUGGCCUGUUCAGACGUGCCACAUGAGGCCGACACACUGGAUCUGGAGAAGAUUGCCGGAAAAUGGAAAAUUGUUGCUGCAGCCAGUACUGAAGCUAAUGAAGCUAUUACACAGGGGAUAGAAUUUAAAUUGACUAAUGGAGAGGUCACAAUAAUAGAAAAGGCACACAGCUUUAAAGCAUCUAUAAUUGACAACAAGAAGCUUCACUACAUGGAAAGCAAUGGUUUAUAUAUGGACCUCACAUUUUCUGAACCUAUUGGAGAAUUCACAAUACUUUUCUAUCGAUUAACUUCAAAAGAAACCAUUUAUGAGACAAUAAUAUUAGCAACAAAGAAUUUUGAGGCAGAUGUCCCCCUCGACAAAUUUAAACACAUUGUGUCCUGCUUGGGUCUAAAUCCGAUUACUUUACAGAAGUAGGGCACUGAUUGAACAUCUGACUUAUAUGAAGAUCUGAUAGCCGAAUAUCAUGUCUCUGAAAUACCACGUAUCACAUGACAAAUGCAGUACAAUGAAGAGGGAUCAAAUAAAGUUGUUGUAUGCAUAGAGCAAGCAUUUCUAUAUUUUGGAAAGAAUGUAAUAGACUGAUAAAACAGAAAAAGCAGAGAGUGUUUUUUGUCCAAAAUGUCUCCCUAUGUCACUAUCGCAGCUGUAAUAUCACCAUAGCUGUUUGUGAUGCAGCAGUGCAGCAUAGUUUAUGUGAAGAACUCUAGAUUAUAUACAGUAAUAGGUGAUGCCGUUUAUGGACCAGUUUUCCAUGUAUCUCUGUCAAAAAAAGAGUUUGAGUAAAGAAUGCUGUGUGGAAACGUG